AUGUCCAAAAACUCUACUGAAACCUCCUCUUCUUCUUCUUCCUUCACACUGAAUCCACAAUCUUCUCCUCAACCAUCUCAACAACCGUCACAGCAACUACUCCUUCAACAAGAACUACCACUUACAACAACUGGUGAUCCUACUCAGUUCCAUUUUCUAUCAUAUCGUGGACGCAAGGAUCAACCACCUCUAUAUAAAGCUGUAACUAUGUCGUCUAGUCCUCCCAAUAGCAACAGUAGUAAUGGAGACCUAAGUGGUGGUAAUGAUCCAGAAUUGUUUGUUGCUAACCCUUCUAUCACAGCAAACUCGUCAUCAUCAUCACCAUCAUCAAUCUUAGGAAAACCAAACGAAACAUCCCAAGAUAUCGCCAUUGAAAAGGGACUUUUAUCUUUUGAAAGUGUCAACCAUACAGAAACUUCACCUAGUAAUGCUUCUGCAGGUUUCACAAAUAACCAUGUAGUAUCAUCAUCAUCUUCAUCAUCAUCCCCCAUACAAACAACUACUUUAACACCACCACCUCCUCCAAAACUAGCUAAUUCUCCAUCGAGUUCUAGAUCAACUGCAGCUCGUACAGAUACUGAAAAAGAUUCACAGAUUGUUACCAGCUUUUAUUACGACGACGAAGUUUAUUCAGAUGCUAGUAGCUCUUUUAUUGAAUACCCUUCAACUCUAUUAGCUCAACAACAACAACAACAACUACAACAACAUUCUCCACUUUCAAUUGAAAAUUUUACAACAACUAAAAAAGAAGAAAAAGAACAUAUUGCUCCAACCUCUGAUGAAUACGAUACCGAAUUUCAAAAUACUUCUUUUGUCUCGUCUGUGGGUCCUUCAAGCUCCACCCCGCCCCGCUCUUCAACACCUAUCAAUUCUAUACAUCCUCUUGUUUCUUCUUCUUCUUCUUCAACUUCACCUUCACCUUCUCAUAUUCAUCAUUCCUCUUCUUCUCCUAUCCAUCAUAAUUCUUCCUUUCCUAUAAUUGAAUCUCCAACAAAAAAGCAAACGGAAAAUGACUCCGAAAAUGACUCGGAAAAUGACUCGGAAAAUGACUCGGAAAAUGACUCGGAAAAUGACUCGGAAAAUGACUCGGAAAAUGACUCUGCUUCUGCUUCUGCUUCUGCUUCUCCUAUUACUUCCAAAUCUCUUAUUUCAUCCAACCAACAAAAGUCCUCCUCACCUUUAAAUAUAUUUUCAGCACAGCCCCUCAGGGACGAACAGAAUAAUGCAACAUUGACUUCUACAGAAAAUCUAUUAAGAGCACUUACUAUAGACGAAAAUGCAGCUAGUAAUAGUUCCCUGUCUAGUGUAGUUAACUCUAACGCUAAUACCACCAAUGACAACGUCAAGACUAACUUAUUGAAAAACGAUUCUAACGAAGACUGUCUUCAUCCUCGAACAGUUUCCAGAGAUUAUUAUACACCAGUUAGCAACUCCCAAAAACUAUUAGGAACGGAUUUACCCAUUGUCACUAACGAAGAGAACCAUUCUGGAAAUACGCAUACCAACAAUGACUAUUCGGGUAUUGAGCAGCAUUUGGAAUAUGACCAAGACGUGGUGCCACCACAAGAAAACAGUGAAAACAAUGAAAACAGUGUACUUAUCCACGACACUGCCAAUCCGGGUACAACAACUCCUCCAACGUCCUUAAACACUCAUCUUCGGUCAGUGGAUUCCAUCCAAUCUUUUGGCUCAGUCAUUCCAAAUUUCAAUAACAAAACCUCGCUUCAGCAACGUCUACUUCCAAAUGAGGAUCUUUCUGGACGGCUUUCAGUAAAAAGUGGCGGGUCCAAUAAUGCGGCUCCAGAGCAACUUCCCAAACUUGAUAGUUCCAUAAUUUUACCCGCUCAUGAUGGUGAUGACAAUGAAAAUGACAAUGAUGAUUUCGACUCUGAUUCUUCCGAUGACAGUAUACAGGACCGUACUCAACAUAUUCUUCAACGUGCGUCUUCCUAUAAGUUUUCACUUUCACCAUCCGAUAAUGAAUCUUCCUUUGGCGAUACUGCUAAAUCAGAUGCUCCCAAAAAGAAAACUCCUAGAGGACUUAAAGAAGAGUCUAAGGCUAUUGAAACACUUCAACAGGAAAAUUUCGAACUCAAAAUUCGCAUUGUUUGCAUGGAGGAACAAGCUGCUCGUAGCUCCGAAACCGGUGUCGCCGAGCUACAAAAGCAAUUAGUAGCUGCCCAGGCUGCUCGGAUUGCCAUGAAGCAUGAAAAUGAAAAACUGCGUUUAACAAUCAGUACUCUUAAAACUACCCAUGACGAUGAUGCUUCUUACAAUGAGACAAUUCUAGAGCUACAAGAGGAACUUGAAGAGUAUAAACAAUACAACUCUCAGUUACAAGAAGAGGCAGAAACACUACAAGAAGCUCUUGAACAAGCUGAGGAAACCAUUACGGAACAAAAUGAAUCUAUUGAAUCAUACCAAAACAAUAUCAACGAGCUUAUAAUUCAAAAGGAACAACUUGAGGAAGAUUUGGCUUCCGAAAAGCAAUCAAAGUCAUCCUCUCAUCACAAUCUUAACUCUCUUGCUUCUAGUCUUCAAGCUCAAAAUAUGUCACUACGCAAGCAGCUCGACACACCUCAAGGUAAUGGUAGCACAACAUCAUCAUCAUCAACACCUCGGAAUGCCACCCGUGUUAUUGAGCAACAUUUUUACAGUAUCCAACGUGCACUUAAUAUCCCAACAUCCACUUCUGUUUCUUCGCCCUCUCGUUCAGGUAGUCGGCCCGGUAGCCGGCUUAGUAGCAAUGUUUCAGGUAGUACUGCAAGUCUUGUUGACCUUGUUGACAUUAGUGACGAAAACUCUGUACUUUCAAACAUGCUAAAUGAAAUUCAAGCAGCCGCAUGGGAUGUUUCAAACAAGUACCGCGAUUGUCUUUCAAAUUAUGAGGGCUUACAACACGAAUACGAGGCUUUUAAAGAGGCUCAUGAUGAAGAAAUUGCCGAGUGGACUAAGUUUAAGGAUGAUAGCACUGACAAGAUUGAUUUACUAGAUAAGGAGAUUGAAGUUCGCGACCUCAAAAUUGCCGAACAAGAAAAGUUGUUUAAAAAUCAAAUGAAUGAAAUUAAUGGCGAGAUUGAAGAGAUUUCUUCUGGUAAAGAUGACAAAAUCCUUGCACUUAUCGAUCAACUUAAAGUUCUUCAGCACGACUAUGAUACUGUUCAGAUUGAAUUGCGAUAUUUUAACGAUGAUGUUGACCAGCUUUCAAAAUCACUUUCUCAAAAGGAUGAUGAAGUGCUUUCCCACAAGACUAAAGUGGAGUCAUUAACAAAACAACUUGAAGAAAAGAAACAAGAAAUUGCAGCCAAGGAGGAGGAAAUCAAUCUUAAAGACCAAGAAAUUGGAGCAAAAGAGCGCAGGUUGGAAGAACUUCGUGUUUCUUACUCAAAUAUCAAAGAGGACGCCAAGCAAAAUGUUGUCGAAAUUAAAAACUUAAAGGAGCUUGUCAAGUCCUUACGUUCAACCACAGACAAACUUGAAAUCAAUACUCUUUGCGAAGGACUUGAUGCCGUCACUAUAAGCACUACAGAUGCCCAAGAUCUCAUUGAAGACAUUCUCAGACGCACCAAGGACGCUUUGAACAACUCUGUUGCGGUAUCUGUAGAAUCUCUUCGCGAUACUCUAGACAAUAUCUUUGAAGAUUACCGCAACAUACCCGUUUUGACUGCCAAGCUUGAUGAAACAACCGCACAAAACACUCGACUUUUUACCAAUCUUGAAGAGCAGCGAAAACAAGUUGUUGAGCAACGCAAGAACCUCGAGGUCCAACAAGAAAAGUUGCAAGCUGAGUUGGAGGCCAAGACCAAAGCUGAAGGUGAUUUAUUGACACAGAUCGAAACUGUUGAGUCCCAUCACAGUGCUAAAGCUAAACAAUUACGCGAAGAGCUUGAGCAAAGCCAGAAUGAAGAGCAGAUUUUGCGUGAGGAGCUUGAUGGUGUGCACCAGGAGUUGACACAAGUGCGCACUUUAUGCGAAACUCUAGAGGCGGAAAAUACCCAGCUCAAAAAGAAGUUGACUGAUGAGGAACGCCUUACACCUGACCAAUUCCAGCAACUCAGUAACGACUUUGAACAUAUUGCCAAUAAAAUGGGGGAGCUGGAGACUGACCGUAAGGCUAUUGUCGAGGAGAAUGACAAGCUACAACAAAUACGUGAGGAACUGGAACAGCAGGCUGAGACUCUACGCAAGGCUGACCACAACAACCAGCACACGAUUCGCGACCUUGAAUCGCGCAUUACUGAUAUCAAUCAUCGCAACGACGAGCUGCUGGCAGAACUCGAGCAUAAGAGCGGUAAACUUGUUGAAAUCUCUCGCGAGAAUGCGGCACUUUUGCAUGAAAACAAUGUGCUGCGCGAAAGCUAUGAUGAGCUGACAGGGCAAGUGGACGUGCUUGAACAACAGAUUCAAGAGGCAUCAUUUAACUCUGACGCUGGAGGUGCUGGUAAUUCUCGAGCUAAGGAUCACCAGGCAUACCGUCGGGUUUUGGAGCUGGAAGAAGAAGUUCAGAUUUCGCGGGAACGAAUCAAGGGCCUUGACAAUGAAUUGCGACGGUACCGUGACAAGCUUAACCGACGCGGUGCUGAGUUUUCUUCUGUGCUACGCGACAUUACAUCAUACUUAAGCAAGGUUCUUGACCCUGAGUGGACCAACAGCGUGACAAUUGCUGUUGAAGAGAUUCAUCGACACCCUGGGUCGCCGAUUGAAAACUUUUCGCGCAUUGGCAACCUCAUUUGUGAUGGGUUCCGGAUACUCGAGACCAAAAAGCGCAAGUACAAGUCCAUGGCUGAGCGGGCUCUUAGAGACAAGUCGAAUGGAAGUGUACACAGUUCGUCGUCAAGUACUGAUGGCGGCAGCGGGGGCAAUGGCAACAAGAAAAACAAACCUGCAUAUGAGCCUUUAUCUAACUCAAUUGCUGCACUCAACAAUCUUGAAAACAAUGCACAAAUCAAACAACUCUCACAGAAAUAUGAGCUGCUUGACCAAAAGACAAUCGAUACUGUUGGCGGCGACAUUGCACUCAAGGUCUGGCAGUACCGCUUUAUGGACAUGAAGAAGCGAUACGAGAUGGAGCGUGAGCAGCGCAAGCUUGAGUAUGAAAACUAUAACUCGUCGGUGCGUCAGCUUGAAGACCGAUACCUACACGAUCGCAGCAACCAUAUGCGCUACACGUUCCGCUCGCCGUCAGCGUCUGGAGUGCCAAUUUCUGGUCGAGUCCAGGACAUUAAGUCAAGCAUUGAGAAAAUUACAGCUGCAGAAGCAGCAUCUGGGCGUAUGUCGCCAUUGCUGAUGCCAGUUCAGUAUGGCGGCGGCGGCGGGCCUGGGUCUCGGUCAUUCUCACGGACUUCUGAUCGGUCUCACUCGUCAUCUGGCGGUCACCCCCGGCCCCAUGUUCCCACUGAGGAUGCCAAAUCAGCCUAUGACAUUCUACACAUGGUUUUCCAGACAUCUCUCCAUCAUUUGGAUAUGCCGGAUUCCAAUACAGAUUCUUUGUCUGCGCGUCCCGUUGUGAUUGGAUUCAACAAUACCACGCGCGCACUCGAGCAACAGGCCAAAGCUCCAGAGUCGUCUGCAGAUCCUAUCGAACUCUUACUUGUGUGCAAAGAUGAUAUUGUGUCCGAGCUCGCAAGUGCACAUUUCCCUGGGCUAUGUGCCGUUGCGCGGGUCGCGCGGCUUGUCGGGCUCCCACGGGGUAGCGCACAAAGUCUUUCGCUUGCAUAUAACGGCCCUGAGCCUGAUACUACCAACCUUCCAUCAUUACAGAAGCGUAAGGUCGGUGAUGACGAAGAAAAGAACAAGUCUAAGAAAGAUAAUAAAGAAGAUAGUAUAGAUAAAACUUCUGAUUUUAGAAAGACAAAGUUCAAGCAUCGACGGCGGCCAGAAGUCACUGUUGUGGGGGUUCGCAAAUCUGCACGAGUAAAGUAUCCGCUGCUGGGCAGUUUGAGCGAUAUGCUUGCAGACCGUGGGGUUGGUGCCGUCACAGUUCCAGAAAUUGUUGCUCAGAUGGAUCGUGAGAAGGUGAGAUAUAAGUCAACUCAGAUUGCGACCGUCAAGACGACGGCACCGAUUUUGGGCAAGAAACAACAACAGCAGGCUCAGAAACAGGAUAAGUCUACAAAGAAUAAAGAGAGGCAACAACAACAACAACAACAGUCCCAGAAACAGGAUAAGUCUUCAAAUAAUAACGAAAAGCAGGAGCCCCCCAAGAAGAAACAAAAAAUUACGAGUUAA